AUGGAGGGGAAGCUGGGCGAGGCUCACACGGUCGUGUGCGCCUGUGGUUGGCUGACUGGCUGCGUACCUGCCGUUUUUGGGAACAAGCCGAUGCCAGCAGCAGCCAAUGAAGUGGCGGUGCAGGACGCCACACCAGGACGGCCAAGGAGGCACGAACGGCGGGGUUUUAGAGCUGUAGCGGCAGGAGAGGCCGGAGCCAAGCGAUGUCGGCUUGCAGCCGGCGGACGAGAAAUGCUCACGCGUUACCGUCCAGACUUUGUCGUGGCGGUGAAGUCGGCCCGCGCUGCCGAAUUGAUUUAUGUGGUCACUGCCCCUGUCAUAAGACGGUCUACGUCUACGAGAGUCCAGCUCGUGCAGCCUCGUGACCCCGUUCACGGUCUACAAGUAAGAUACGUGUACGAGUAA